AUGUAAAUUGACCUACGUGAUCAUCGAGUGUAUUCAUGAGGUGAUCCGACAGUCAUUUCUUUCUGUGUGUUCUGCUGGUAUACCGAUAUAUUUGGUACCUGUACAAAAUAUUCCAGGAUUAAUCUUACUAUCAGGAUUUAAACAGUGAUUCGUGAUGGUCAGAGAACAGUGGGCGCGGAACUCAGAAUUCCUUCUUUCAUGUGUUGGCUUUGCAGUUGGUCUCGGUAAUAUUUGGAGGUUUCCAUAUCUAUGCUACAGGAAUGGCGGUGGCGCUUUUUUGGUUCCCUAUUUGCUGUUUCUGGUAUUUGGAGCGGCACCUGUUUUGAUCCUGGAAAUAGGUCUAGGUCAAUUCAUGAGCGAGAGUGGAACUGGAGCAUGGAACAUAUGUCCUUUAUUCCAAGGUAUUGGGGUUGCAAACCUGGUGAUGAUGGUGCUGGUGAAUAUCUACUACAUUGUGGUGCUAGCCUGGGGUUGCUAUUACUUUGUCAUGAGUUUCCAGCCUGUACUUCCUUGGUCUCAUUGUGACAAUCCAUGGAACACUCCCAGAUGCAGUCUGACAAAGCAAAUGCCCUGUAUGGUCAGUAACGGAACAUUCAAUGGCACAUUGAAUAUGUCAGUUGUCGCUUGUGUAAAGGACAACACAACUUCUACGGUAGAUCCUUCUGUGGAAUUCUGGGAACGGAAAGUCCUGCAAAUGUCUAGUGGUAUCGAGGAGAGUGGCGGAGUAAUUUGGGAUAUGGCCCUGUGUUUGCUAUUUGUUUGGAUAUUUGUAUACUUUUGUGUGUGGAAAGGCAUCAAGUGGACCGGCAAGGUUGUAUAUUUUACCGCCACUUUUCCUUACGUGGUCCUCAUCACGCUGUUAAUUCGUGGUCUCACACUAGAUGGAGCACUCUACGGCAUCAAAUAUUUCCUUAUUCCUGACUUCAACAAGCUAGCAGAAGCUCAGGUUUGGGUUGAUGGAGGGACUCAGAUAUUUUUCUCCCUCGCUAUUGCACUAGGAGCCAUGAUUACACUCGGAAGCUACAAGAAGUUUGACAAUAACUUUUACAGGGACUGUUUUAUCAUCAUGUGCAUUAACAGCGGAACAAGCUUACUUGGCGGAUUUGCGGUGUUUUCCAUUCUCGGGUUCAUGGCGACGGAGCAGGGCGUUGAUAUAUCAGAGGUCGUGUCAUCAGGUGCAGGUUUGGCCUUUAUCACCUACCCGAAAGCUGUACUGAGCAUGCCCCUCUCCCAUCUGUGGUCCGCCGUCUUCUUCUUCAUGCUUUUUCUCGUCGGUAUUGAUAGUCAGUUCGUACAUGUAGAGGCCGUCAUCACGCCGAUUGUUGAUAUGUUUCCAAAGUAUAUCAACAAACCUUGGCAUCGAAUGGCUAUCACAGCGGUCUAUUGUGCGUGUGCCUUCCUGAUAGGACUCUCAAUGACUACACGGGGAGGAAUAUACAUCUUUACUCUAUUCGAUUACUACUCCGCCAGUGGCAUGGUGAUGCUAUGGGUGUGCUUCUGGGAGUGCAUUGCUAUCGGCUGGAUUUUUGGAGCAAAGCGGUUCUAUGAUGUUAUAGAACACAUGCUAGGCUAUAGGAUAAGUCCAUUUCUGUGGAUUUGUCUUAAGUUUAUCACACCAGCGGUAACAGUGGGCAUUUUCUUUUUCCAAGUGGUCACGUUCAAGUCUGCAACAGUCGGAGAUUCAUACGAGUAUCCUCCCCUUGGAGAAGCUUUCGGUCUUCUGUUGGCAAUGGCGUCGAUGAUCUGCAUCCCGAUCACUAUGAUUGUUAAACUACGAAAGAUCCCCGGCACUUUGUUAGAGCGACUUCGCAGAUCUGUUACACCAGUUCUUAAGAAGAAACAGAUUCCAAAGAAAUGGAUAUCACAGGGAAUGUGCCAAACAGUCACUGUCAUCGAGGACGAAGACGAGGCUGAGGAAAGGUUCAGUUUAGAAAAAUCAAGUGCUAUGAUUUAAGAUAGGAUAAGUGUACAUGCAUAUCAUGCCGUUUUCUGUAUGAAAGGAAACGUCGACACUACAUGCAGUUUCUUACUGUGGACAGUAUACAAGCAUCCUAUGUCAUAUACAUAGACGUAUAUGUUGAUAUCUAGUGACGAAACUCAAUUCAUAAAACCUUAACAUACAGAUGAGCUUAAAUUUGAUCAAAAUCAUACCGGAUCACACUUCGGAACAGGAAGUUCUUUUAACAUAAUUCUAAUAAGUGAAUUGUAUCUUUGAUGAAUUUACAGAAAAGUAACAAGUGGUUAUUACCAGUUAACUUUAUGUCUGCUUUCAGAUUAAUAGUGCAGUCUUUGUAUCAUCCAGUUUUAUCAUCUUGUGAUCUUGGUUAAUUUUACGUUCGCCUAGGAAAUCUAUAUUUAUAUAAUAAAAUUGAAUAAUUUGGCACAGUCAUUUUUUUCAUUUGGGAAACUUGCGCAAUAACUUCGCGUAACAAUGACAGCUACUUUAUAAUCACCACGAUAAGCGAAGUAAUAAUUUUGUGUUACAUGUUUGGCGGGAAUAGCGUUAAAAUUAUAUUACCAUUUAAAUAUGUACGGUUACCAAAAAAAACAAAAAAAAAACGUUAUUUUAGCAAUGUCACACACAGAUAAUAUCAAAACUUCAAUUAAAUGUUAAGGGGAAAUCUAACCUUAGAUAUACAUAUAAAUGAUAUGGACAUAUCCUUCCUUUGGUGUAGAAGAUCGAGUAUGGGCUGACAUGUUUUGAGUACAAUUUUUAUUUGUACUAAACCUAUGUAUCUAGGCUUUAUCUAUAUUCGACGUUGUGUUAUAUCAUAUUGGUGGCAGCUGACAUGAUCUUAUCUCCAAGAUGAAUUAUUCACGUAAAAUAUGAGGUCGUGAUGCCUUAUAUUGAAAUUUGGCAUCUGCGAAUUUACUAGUUGGUGAAAUGUUGAUGUAAUGUGCUGUUUUUAAUGUUAUUUUUUCUUGUUUAUACGUAUUAGUGCAAAGCACAUAUAUUUUUACAUUGAUAAAAAAGCUGAGUAGUAAUCUUAAACUGGUAUUAUCAAUUUACGUAUUUUACAUAAGGAAUGUAUUUUUGAAAAAUCUUGAUGCAGAAACAUUUAUUAAAAAUAUUUUUACAUUAUUCCAUUGAACACGUCUUUACGGUUGCUGAGGCAAGGUGUUCAUAAUGUUUAAUGUACCAAAUAUACCUCACAGCAUCACAUUGGAAGUAUUUAUUUUUUUAUCUACCAAUUACUGAAAGUGCGAAUGUCAAAUCGAAUAAAAAUAUAAAAUGAUAAAGACGAAGUGAAAUGGUCUUAUAUAGGUUUCAUAAAAGUGUUUUUGAACAGGAAAAAUGUGGGAUAUAUGAUUUCAGUUGUGCAAGAGGAAUGUUCUUAUCCAUGCAAUUUCUUACGUGGAAUGUGGUUAUGGUAUAAUAUUACUUACAUUUCAUUUAAGCACGGAACUGAUUUCAGUUGGCAUUUAUGGGUAAUAUGAAUGCCACCUGUAUAAUGGGAAAUUCAAUGGAGACCAUUUGGUGCUUCGUGUUGAGUUUUUCUUAAUCCAGUUGGAAUUCAACUAAACGCAGUUUAAUGUUUUUGUCUAUUAUUUGCAAUAGCAGUCUUGUAAUAAGGAGAGGCAGACACAGUGUUCUUGCACUAUUGGCAGUUCAUGAACUGGUAAUACACAACUGGUUUUGGAAAGGCUACUCUGCAGCAAUGCUAUACAACGGUAAACGUAAUAUGUAAGGACAAGGUGUUAUCUUGGUAUAACGGAUAUUGAGUAACGAUCUUUAGAGACGAUGUUUUUGUUUGUGUGUAUUAACACUCAUUUAUUAUUAAGGUGGACAUGCUCUUCAUAUUGUAACGAAUCAGCAACAUUAGUUUGCAACAAUAUUAAUUGUGUGUUUACAAAACUGCAUCUAACAUUAGCGUCGCACAAUAAUACGAAUUUAUUUGUUAUACUAUAAAAUUUCUUGGCCAUAUAUUAUCGUUUGUAUCAAGAGUACUCUACAGCCAUUAAUUCACAUAUCCAUGAACGGUUUAUUCUAGUGUAAGUUAUGGAGCUGUAUUUAUCUUCGAUGCGGUUCAGGAAAAUCUUUAUACUACUGUUAUCAACAUAUUUUGCUAAUUGCUAAGCUUUUCAAUUUGAUAAUAUUUUUGUAAGAAAAGGAAGUGCUCCUGUCAUUCGAUUCACCAAUAAAACCUACUCAGGCUCACCGAUAAUGUUUUUACGAUGAGAAAUAAAACAGGUUUUUCAAUGAACGAAUGAAUUAUUGCCCCUUGUUAAAAUUUUGUGUCUAGUAAAGUUGUUUCCGGGGAGUAUUCGUCAGUUUUACUGAUACUCUUGUUAAAAUAAGAUAUUUUAUCGACAUGUUAGGGAAAUAAUCUACUUUUUAUUUAAGAUAAUCUACAAAAAUUCUUCAAUGUAUAUUAUACUUGCCAUUAAAUUAUCUAUUCCAUCUCCUUGAUUUAUAAUAUUUUUAAUUCGAAAUUAUAUAACCAGAUCUUCAACGAACGAUAAAAUUUUCCUUAAUUAUCUACUCGUGUUCUUCGAUCAUUGAUCGGCUCAAUUAAAAAUGAUAUACUCCACAUUAAACUGGUCAUUAAAAAGAAAUUAAAAGACCUACUUUGGUUUUUCGAUGCACCAAAUCAAUGUAUCCAAACUUUUUUGAAAAUAUGAUAGACCUGUCGUUUAGAUAAUCAACUUAAUUCAAGUAUUUGGGCUAGACCCUCGAUGAAUAGCUAGUUUGUCAUUUAAAUAAUCUACCCAAAAGUCUAUUUGGCACCAUUAAAAUAACCUACUCGGGUUUUUUAAAAAAAUAAAAUGAAGAUACUACUUUAUACAGUUUUAAUACAUACAAUACUUAUCCUAU